AUGCUGGAGAUUUCCGAGAGGAAUUCGCGAACGCCUUGUUUCGAGUCGUGUGAGAUUCGCUUGACGGCGAUUUGGGUCUUUGAGUUGGACCCGACCAAAGCCGCCGGAGCCGAGGAGUUCGCUGUCUUUGAAGCUUCUGGUGGCUUUUUUGAGCUCUUGAGGAAAGCAGAGACAGUGAGGCCUAUGGUCAGGCCUGUGUGUUUGAUUUUAGUCCCUGGGAUUGAAGGCAGGGAAUGUAAAUCCAACGGCGGAGCUUCUCCGAUGGGGUUUUAUCGACGACGGCGAGAUGGUGACGUUGACGAGAUUCGUACUGGAAUCGUAGUCGAUCCAGGCGACGAUCGGCUUGCCGGACUUGAGAUUGAGGUCGAUCUUCGAACCCCCGGCGAAGUACGCCGCCGGGGCGGAGGCGUUGGAGCGGAGGGCGUUCGAAUCGAUGCCGACGUGGUUGUCGUUGACGUCGUUGAACUCGAAGUCCUGGACGGUGUCGAACUCGACGGCGAACAGGUGGUUGGAGGCGUUGCCGACGGUGGUGGAGUUGAAGAGGCCGAGGUACUGGCUGGGCUGGGCGGAGGGGAGGUCGCUCGACGGGGAGAUCGCGAAGGCCAGGCCGUGGCCGCCGAGGCGGGGGUACUCCGGGUGGAUGGCGACGGCGAAGCAGGUCGAGAAGGAGAGGACGGCGCCGGCGGUGGAGUUUUUGAACCGGACAGGGGUGUAGUAGAAGGCGUGGCCGAUAAGCCGGCUGGUUUCGUUGGUGAGCUGGAGGAUUCCGUUGCGGCCGACGGAUGCGGCGCCGUUUAG